AUGUCGGAGCAGCACGCGCUCUGCAUCGACGCGACGCGCGUCGCGCCCGCGCACCUGAAGAGCCGGGGCAACCAGGUCGACCGCAUGAUGGACCAGCUCGGCAAGGCCGUCAUCAACUGGACGGAGGUGCUGGCCCUCGUGGAGCCCACGGCGGCGAUCACGCCGACGACGACCCACUUCGAGAACAAGACCAUCGGCUGGAUCGAGGAGUACGAGCAGAAGAUCAAGGACCUCGACGAGUCCUUCCGCGGGUCCAACGUCUUCUCCAUGGAGGUGGGCCACGACGACGCGCUCAAGAUGCUCGACACGAACGAGAAGGUGUUCGUCGAGGAGACGAAGAUCUUCGAGAAGAACGCGCACCUCUGCGUGGUCUUCGAGUUCCCGGAGAAGAUCAACACGUCGCAGGAGAUCCUGCAGAACGCGCUCAGCAUCGGCGGCGUCGGCAACCUCAGCGCCUGCGCCGAGUGGGAGCACCCGUGCUCCACGCGCCGCCGCAGCGAGUGCCUCGCCUGGGACGCCGAGGAGUACGAGGUUGAUGAGCAGAACGACCUGUUCAUGUCCGAGUUCCUCGACGUCGCCGACGGCGUCACGGGCACGCGCAAGACGGACGUCGCCAACGCGUCGAGCGGCUACGCGUACAGCCUCGUCGGCGUCUCGCAGCCGCCGACGAUCUACGUCGACGAGAGCAACUGCUCUGCGCGGCCCUUCAGCGACGACAACGACGAGCACGUCGUCGCCGACGUCUUCCUCGGUCCGAACGGGACGGCCUUGUCCAUCUACACGCUCUCGAGCUCGGCGUUCUCCGUCGCCUUCGACGAGGCUCUCGGCGACCAGCCGGCCAUGCUCGCGGACGGCACGUACCUCGCGGGCGGCGUCGUCGCGACCGUCGUCGACGACGUCGUCCAGGGCUCCGCGGCGACGGGCAUCGUCCUCGAGUCGCUCCACGCGGGCAUGCCCCGCGGCGUCCGCGUCUCCGCGGGCAACAGCCAGGGCUAA